AUGUCACAAAAAGCCAUUGUUAUUACCUCACCCCACAAGGCAGAGCUCGUUACCAACCACCCAAUCCCUCGUCUUCGUGAUGACUACAUCCUCGUCAAGACAGUCAGCGUGGCCCUGAACCCCACGGACUGGACGGACAUUGACGAUUUUGACACCCCGGGCCUACUGGUCGGCUGUGACUAUGCUGGCAUCGUGGAAUCAGUGGGAAAGGACGUGAAGAAGUCCUUCAAGAAAGGUGACCGCGUGUGUGGCUUUGCCCACGGUUCCAAUACCAUCCAACCGCAGGACGGCGCCUUUGCCGAGUACAUUGUUGUUAAAGGGGACGUUCAACUCCACAUUCCCGAUAAUAUCAGCUUUCAGGAGGCGGCCACCCUUGGUGUUGGCAUUUUCACCAUUGGCCAGGCGCUGUACCAGAGUCUGAAGCUUGCCCUGCCCGAUAAUCCAACCAAGGAGCCAGUUCCUCUCCUCAUCUACGGUGGAUCGACUGCCUCUGGUUCGCUUGGUAUCCAGUUUGCCAAACUUUCUGGCUACACUGUCAUCACAACAUGUUCCCCGAGAAACUUUGAUCUCGUGAAGAGCCUGGGAGCGGACGUCGUGUUAGACUACAGAGACCCUAAUUCGGCAGCCGAAAUCCGCAAGUACACCAACAAUAAUCUGAAGCUCGUAUUUGACACCAUCGCUCUCGAGACGUCGGCGGCAUAUUGUGACCAGGCAAUGUCAACUGAUGGCGGCGAAUACACCUCCCUGCUUCCCGUUAACAUCGCGCGAGAAAACGUGAACGACCGUUGGACCCUCGCCUUUACAGUAACGGGAGAGGCGUUUGAGUAUGUCCCGGAUAAUUGGCCUGCGAGGCCAGAGGACAAGGCACAUGCAGAAAAGUUCGCUGUCAUCGCGGAGAAACUUCUGGCGGAUGGCAGGAUCAAGGGGCACCGUCCGAGUGUGCGUCCUGGUGGGCUAAAGGGGGUUUUCGAGGGUCUUCAGCUUCUCAGGGAGGGCAAGGUUAGCGGAUACAAAUUGGUAUACAACGUCGAUGAGACUCCGUAA